AUGGCGUCGCUAUUCCAAGACUUGACCACUCCUAAUGGACUCAAAUACCAACAACCACUGGGUCUCUUUAUCAACAAUGAGUUCGUCCAAGGCUCAUCUGGGGAGAAAAUCACUUCGGUCGACCCUGCGACAGAAGAACCCAUAGCUAGCGUGGAAGCAGCUUCGGCCCAAGAUGUGGACAAAGCCGUCCAAGCUGCGCGGAAAGCGCUGAAACAUCCAUCUUGGAAGCUUCUAUCAGGCACAGACCGUGGCAGACUGAUGGCCAAGCUAUCUGACUUGAUCGAGGAGAAGAAAGAACUCUUCGCGGCCAUUGAUGCUUGGGAUAACGGCAAGCCCUAUUCUCAGGCAUUGAAUGAGGAUCUUCCAGAAGCAAUCAACACUAUUAGGUAUUAUUCAGGUUGGUGUGAUAAAGUGCACGGCCAAACAAUUCCUACAACACCGGAAAAGUUCGCCUACACCAUCCGACAGCCGAUUGGUGUUGUAGGACAGAUUAUCCCAUGGAAUUAUCCUCUGUCGAUGGCAGCCUGGAAACUUGGACCUGCUCUGGCUUGUGGAAACACCGUCGUUCUCAAAGCUGCCGAGCAAACGCCGUUAAGCAUUCUUGUGCUCGGUCAGCUUGUCAAAGAGGCCGGCUUCCCACCUGGAGUGGUGAACUUCAUCAACGGCUAUGGAAGAGAGGCCGGCAGUGCGUUAGUUGAACAUCCUCUGGUUGACAAAGUCGCCUUUACGGGAUCAACAAUCACAGCCAGAAGUAUCAUGGCCUCGGCAGCAAAGAGCCUGAAGAACAUUACCUUGGAGACUGGUGGAAAGUCUCCUUUAUUGGUCUUUGACGACGCAGAUUUGGAUCAAGCCGUGAAGUGGGCUCAUUACGGUAUUAUGUCCAACCAAGGCCAGAUUUGCACAGCGACAUCACGUAUCCUAGUGCAGCGGGGCAUCUACGAUACAUUCAUCGCCAAGUACAAGGAAGCUGUUGAGAAGUUGUCCAAGGUGGGAAAUCAAUGGGACGAAGCGACUUUCCAGGGACCGCAAGUGUCGAAAGCACAGUACGACCGAAUCCUGUCCUACGUCAAUGUUGGCAAGGAAGAGGGAGCAACUCUGCUCAUGGGAGGCACCGGAUGUCCUAUCAACGACAAGGGCUAUUUCGUUAAGCCCACCGUGUUUACAGAUGUAAAGGAUUCCAUGCGGAUCUAUCAAGAAGAAGUAUUCGGUCCUUUUGCUGUCAUUUCGACCUUUGAUGACGAAGAGGAAGCAAUCUCGAGGGCCAACAACAGCACUUACGGGCUCGGUUCUGCCAUUUUCACGAACGAUCUCCGGAGAGCACACCGAGUGGCUGCCGAGAUCGAGGCUGGCAUGGUGUGGAUCAACAGCAGCCAAGAUUGUGACUUCAGAGUGCCCUUUGGGGGCGUCAAGCAGAGUGGUAUCGGACGAGAACUUGGAGAGGCCGGGUUGGAGGCUUAUUCCCAGAUCAAAGCCAUCCAUGUAAACAUGGGCAACAACCUCUAG